AUGAAUUAUUCAAUCGAUCCAAAUGAAAUUCGCUUAAGAAAAUUUGAACAUCUUAUUCAUAAAUACAAUAUUAAUGCUGACUAUGCAUUUCGUCUUCGAGCACUCGAAGGUUUUGAAAUUGUUAUGAUAAUUGAUGACAGUACAUCAAUGCGUACACCGACUAUCGAUAAAAAUCGACAAGAUUUAUCCGCAUUCGGUCAAUUACCAACACGUUGGGAUGAACUUAAACAUGUUGUGUCUAUUGUUGUCGAUUUAGCUUCAGCGUUAGAUCCUGAUGGUAUCGACAUUUUUUUUCUUAAUCGACGACCUUUGUUACAUGUUUUCGAUUCAGCGCAACUUGAUGAAACUUUUUCUCAAUUACCCGAUGGUCCAACACCAAUCACACGUUUACUUAGUUAUGUUCUAAAUUUAAAACGUUCACAUGCAAAUGAUCGUAAAUUAUUAAUAUUAAUUGCAACGGAUGGUGUACCGACAGAUGAAAACGGAAAAAAUGAUCUUGAUGGUUUAGAAAAAGUCUUACGUUAUGAAAGAUAUCCAUCCAUUGAUCGAAUCUUUGUUACAUUUAUUGCAUGUACCGACGAUCUUGAAUCAGUCGCCUAUUUAAAUCAUUUUGAUAAAAAAAUUCCUUACGUUGAUGUGCUCGAUGAUUAUCAAAGUGAACGAGCAGAAAUAUUAGCUGUACAAGGAAAAAGAUUUUCAUUUAGUUAUGGUGAUUAUGUUGUUAAACUAUUAUUGGGUUCAGUUGAUUCUUGGUUUGAUUAUUUAGAUGAAAAGAAAGUCGACAGGAUGUCUUCCAUGAAACAUCAACGGCGAGGAGCACAAUCAAAUUCUUCAACACAAAAUAAAAAUUGUACAAUAUCGUAA